CCCCCCGCCGCCGCCCCGCUGGCCAUCAUGGGGCUGAUGCCGCUGAGCGAGGCGGUGGAGAAGGGCGCGCUGGGGCGCGGGGUGCUGCCCGCCAUGCAGCUGGCCCUGGAGCAGAUCCUGCGCGAGGCGCUGCUCAGCCCCUACGCCCUCGACCUGCGCUACUACGACACCGAGUGUGACAAUGCAAAGGGGCUCAAAGCCUUCUACGAUGCAAUAAAAUAUGGACCUACACACCUAAUGGUUUUUGGCGGAGUAUGUACAACUGUAACAUCCAUUAUUGCCGAAUCCCUAAUAGGAUGGAAUUUGGUCCAGCUCUCAUUUGCAGCAACUACACCAGAGUUAGCUGAUAAGAAAAAGUACCCUUAUUUCUUCCGGACUGUGCCAUCCGAUAAUGCUGUGAACCCUGCAAUUCUGAAGUUACUUAAACAUUAUCAGUGGAAAAGGGUGGGAACUCUAACUCAAGAUAUACAAAGAUUUUCUGAGGUACGGAAUGAUCUGACCGGUGUCCUGUAUGGUGAAGAUAUCGAAAUCUCAGACACAGAGAGUUUUUCUAACGACCCUUGCACAAGUGUCAAAAAGCUCAAGGGGAAUGAUGUUCGAAUUAUCCUUGGCCAGUUUAAUGAGGAAAUGGCAGCAAAAGUAUUCUGCUGUGCAUAUAAUGAAAAUAUGUAUGGCAGUAAGUAUCAGUGGAUCAUUCCUGGGUGGUAUCAGAGUUACUGGUGGGAACAAGUUAUUCCAAAGCUAAAUACAUCACACUGCCUCAGUAGAGACCUUCUCAAAGCCAUGGAAGGAUACAUUGGAGUAGAUUUUGAACCUCUCAGUUCCAAAGCGAUAAAAACCAUUUCAGGAAAGACUCCACAGCAGUAUGAAAAUGAAUAUAAUGAAAGGCGGGGAAGCGUUGAGUCAAGUAAGUUCCAUGGCUUUGCUUAUGAUGGAAUAUGGGUAAUUGCCAAGACUCUGCAGCGAGCUAUGAAGUAUCUCAAUGCUACCAACAAAAACCAAAAAAUCGAGGACUUCAACUACACCAACAAAGAGCUUGGGAAGAUUUUCCUGGAUGCAAUGAAUGAGACAAACUUCUUCGGCGUCACGGGGCAAGUUGUGUUCAGAAAUGGAGAGAGGAUGGGGACCAUCAAAUUUACACAGUUUCAAGACAAACGGGAAGUGAAGGUGGGAGAAUAUAAUGCUGUAGCUGACACACUGGAAAUCAUCAACAACUCCAUCAAGUUCCAAGGAAUAGAAGCACCAAAGGACAGAACAAUUAUCCAAAGUCAACUCCGCAAGAUCUCCUUGCCUCUCUACAGUAUUCUUUCAGCACUCACUAUUCUGGGAAUGAUCAUGGCCAGUGCUUUUUUGUUCUUCAACAUCAAAAACCGAAAUCAGAAGUUGAUAAAGAUGUCCAGUCCCUACAUGAACAAUCUUAUUAUUCUUGGGGGGAUGCUCUCCUAUGCAUCUAUAUUCCUUUUUGGCCUUGAUGGAUCCUUUGUCUCUGAAAAGACUUUUGAAACACUUUGCACUGUCCGGACAUGGAUACUUACAGUGGGCUAUACAACUGCCUUUGGAGCAAUGUUUGCAAAAACGUGGAGAGUCCAUGCCAUUUUCAAAAAUGUAAAAAUGAAGAAAAAGAUCAUUAAGGACCAGAAGCUACUAGUGAUAGUUGGUGGGAUGCUGCUGAUAGAUCUUUGCAUCUUGAUUUGCUGGCAGGUUGUUGAUCCCUUAAGGAGGACAGAGGAAAACUACAACAUGGAGCCCGACCCUGCAGGCCGAGAUAUUUCUAUUCUUCCCAUUUUGGAGCACUGUGAAAACACCCACAUGACCAUUUGGCUUGGGAUUGUUUAUGCCUACAAGGGCCUGCUUAUGUUAUUUGGUUGCUUCUUGGCUUGGGAAACUCGGAACGUGAGCAUUCCCGCUCUGAAUGAUAGUAAAUAUAUCGGCAUGAGUGUCUAUAAUGUGGGCAUCAUGUGCAUUAUUGGAGCCGCUGUUUCCUUUCUCACACGGGACCAACCCAACGUGCAGUUCUGCAUUGUGGCACUAGUCAUUAUAUUCUGUAGUACUAUUACACUCUGCUUAGUCUUUGUUCCUAAGUUAAUAACCCUGAGAACAAACCCAGAUGCUGCAACUCGAAACAGAGGGCUCCAGUUCACUCAAAAUCAGAAGAAAGAUGACUCGAAAACAUCAACGUCUGUCACCAGUGUCAACCAGACCACCACGACUCGGUUAGAAAGUCUACAGUCAGAAAAUCAUGAGCUGAGAAUGAAAAUUACAGAGCUGGACAAAUCUCUAGAGGAGGUCACUAUGCAGCUUCAGGACACUCCUGAGAAGACAACCUACAUUAAGCAAAACCACUAUCAAGAGCUCAGUGACAUCCUCAGCAUAGGCAACUUUACAGAAAACAGAGAUGCUGAGAAAGCUGUACUGAAAAAUCACCUUGAUCAAAACCCACAAGCACAAUGGAAUACUACGGACCCCCCCAGGACAGGCAAAGACUUCAUAGAAGAUAUCAACUCACCAGAACACAUCCAGCGUCGCCUGUCCUUACAGCUGCCCAUCCUCCACCACGCCUAUUUGCCAUCAAUAGGAGGGGUCGACGCAAGUUGUGCCAGCCCGUGUGUAAGCCCCAGUGCCAGUCCGAGGCACAGACACGUACCGCCAUCUUUUCGCGUGAUGGUCUCUGGCCUGUAG